CGGUCUGUGUGUGUGUGGCUGUCACAGCCAAGGAGGGAAUAGGGCUUUCUACAACUCAUCACACAUCACCACUUGUCUUCUCAUCUUUUUCCAUCUUUAUCCUCAAAUCUUGUGUCACUGUGACUCUGUCUCUUCUGUUUUUAACGACAUUGUUUCAACCUGGGCCCGACUUUAACUUAUCAAGGGUGGACUGCAUAAAUAUGGUCAGCAUCAGUUUGCAGUGCAGUGAAGAACAUCAGUACAGCUGGAAUUACCCUGUCCAAACUGACAACUAGAGGAGCUUUCACCUGUCAUUUUUCAAAGACUCAUCAGCUGCACCAACUUUAUUUUGUCUCCUGCACGUUCUGGCACCUCACUCCCACCGUCUGUGCACCCCUCCAUGGUGACAGAGAGAGUCCCUGUCAGCCUGAUGUCCUCAGUUGUAGCCCCAGAAAAACCCACCUCCAACACCAUGGGCCCCAAAGAGGUGGAGCUAAUCCUUGUAAAGGAGCAGAAUGGGGUCCAGCUCACCUCAACCACCUUAGUGACUCCAACUCAGACCGACCCCAGCGGGGAGGAGGAGAGGGAGACGUGGGGGAAGAAAAUUGACUUCCUCCUGUCCGUGAUUGGAUUCGCUGUGGACCUCGCCAAUGUGUGGAGAUUUCCCUACCUCUGCUACAAGAAUGGAGGAGGUGCCUUCCUGGUGCCCUACCUGUUCUUCAUGGUGAUAGCAGGCAUGCCUCUUUUCUACAUGGAGCUGGCUUUGGGACAGUACAACAGGGAGGGGGCAGCAGGGGUCUGGAAGAUCUGUCCUAUAUUUAAAGGUGUUGGCUUUACAGUGAUCCUCAUUUCUCUCUACGUUGGUUUCUACUAUAACGUCAUCAUCUCCUGGGCGCUGUUCUACCUCUUCUCCUCGUUCACCGGUGAGCUGCCCUGGGUCCACUGCAACAACACUUGGAACAGUCCUAACUGCUCCGACUGGGCUGACAACAGCUCAGGCAGUGACAUUUACAAGGCAACUCCUGCUCAGGAAUACUUUGAACGAGGGGUGCUCCACAUCCAGGACAGCAACGGUAUUGAUGACCUGGGUCGUCCACGCUGGCAGUUGACUUCUUGUCUGGCUGUGGUGAUUGUUCUGCUCUACUUCAGUCUCUGGAAGGGAGUCAAGACCUCUGGCAAGGUCGUGUGGAUCACAGCCACUAUGCCCUAUGUGGUCUUGACUGUGCUGCUGCUCCGUGGAGUCACUCUGCCCGGAGCCAUUGACGGCAUUAAGGCCUACCUCUCUGUGGACUUCCUGAGACUCUGUGAUGCCAAGGUCUGGAUUGAGGCAGCGACACAGAUCUGUUUCUCACUGGGAGUGGGGUUUGGUGUGCUUAUUGCCUUUUCCAGCUACAACAAAUUCAGCAACAACUGUUACAGAGACGCCAUCAUCACAAGCUCCAUCAACUCUUUAACCAGUUUCUUCUCCGGCUUUGUCGUCUUCUCCUUCCUUGGCUACAUGUCCUACAAGCACAACGUGGCCCUGGACAAAGUUGCUAGAGAUGGUGCUGGUUUGGUGUUUGUUAUUUACCCAGAAGCCAUUGCAACAUUACCUGGGUCAUCCGUUUGGGCAGUUAUCUUCUUCAUCAUGCUGUUGACACUGGGCAUUGACAGUGCUAUGGGUGGGAUGGAGUCUGUGAUCACAGGGCUGAUUGAUGAAUUCAGAUUCCUCCAUAAACACAGAGAGCUGUUCACUCUCUUAAUUGUCGUAGCCACCUUCCUCAUAUCCCUUUUCUGUGUUACAAAUGGUGGGAUGUAUGUGUUUACUCUGCUGGACCACUUUGCAGCAGGAACAUCGAUUCUCUUUGGAGUGCUUAUUGAAGCCAUUGGAAUCGCAUGGUUCUAUGGUGAGCGAGGAGUGGAUCGUUUCAGUGAUGACAUCGAAGAGAUGAUUGGCCAGCGACCAGGCAUGUACUGGAGGCUGUGCUGGAAGUUUGUCAGCCCCUGUUUUCUCUUGUUUAUGGUGGUCGUGAGUUUUGCCACAUUCAACCCUCCCAGCUACGGUUCCUACAUGUUUCCUCCAUGGGCUAACAUGGUGGGGUGGUGUCUGGCCAUGUCCUCAAUGGCCAUGGUGCCUCUCUAUGCCAUCUACAAGCUCUGCACACUGCCUGGAAAGUUUUGCGAUAGAUUGGCUUAUGCCAUCACCCCAGAGACGGAGCAUCAUUUGGUAGACAGCGGUGAGGUUCGGCAGUUCACUCUGCAUCACUGGUUGGUGGUGUGAGGGCUACAGAGAGAAAGUGAAAGAGUGAGAGAGAGAAUGAGAGCAGUGGGUGGAUGAAUGGAUGCACAGCAAAGGUCUGAAGUGCUAAGAAAAAGACAGAAACAGCCAUUUAAAUUGAUCAUAAUGAUGUGGUGGUGGGAGCAGUUUAAAAGUGCCAACAAAACAUAAAAAGUGUAGUGCUCUUUAAUUUCAACAAUGGAUGAGUGAACCUGUGCAUUGACCCUCUCCACCACUAGUGAAAGAAUGGGAUUCAGUCAAACAGGUCAUGUUGUGCUUCGCCUAUUACUUUCAUGAAUACAAAAAUCACCUUGAAGGCAUACCAGGUAACAUUUAGCCUUGUGACUGCCUUCCCUUUGCACUUGUAAUAGUGUGUUUGUUUCAUAACAAUAAACAAUGAAGGUCACAGGUCAAAGGAUGUAGAAAGGUUUAUUUUACAUUGUGUCAAGUGCAUGGGUACCCAAAAUAAGAGUAAAACUAAAAAUUCCAUGUAUUUCUUUGAGGUAAGAUGUACAUUAAAGUUCAGUUAUUGUAGAUGAAGUGAAGAUGUUGAGGUGCUACAUAUGACAGCAUAAAGAGUUUAUUUGUAAAAUGUUUAGUCUGUUUUGGAAAUUAGCUUUAUUUCAUUUCAGUUAGUUAAUGUUAAAACAGAAAGAAAGAAGCCCUUUUUUGAAAUGUCAUGAGUCAAAACAAGUAUUUAGCAGUCAGAUUUGUCAUGAAUGUUGCAGGUUUUACUGAAUCACAGUUCAUAUAGUUUUUUUACAGUAUGUAUUUAUUUAUUUUUAAGACUGUUAUAGGAUUCUGUGAAACCAGACUGAAAAAGACACCUACUUUUGUUUAUAUCAAAAUAAUUCAUGUAAAACAUCAUUUUUUCAUUAACACACCAAAUAAACACCAUUAAAGUAAAAUAAAAUAUUGAAUACACAUUAACUGAACUUUCUCACUGAGUUGCUUCAUUUUAUUAAAAAAAAAAAAAAACACAAAGGUGCCCAUAACAAAUUAGAACCAGUGCACAUUAAUUAUUUAUUUGAACAAUACGGUCAAGUUUCCUCCAGAAAUAUAAAGCUUUAAUUUUACUCUUGACAGAAUCUUAUUCACUAUUUCAUGACUGUUUAAGAAGCUGCUCUUUAUUGAACGGCAAAUGAGUGGUGUGUCAUGUAAUAUAUGAUGUACUUUAAGUAUCUGUAUAAGUAAACGUAAUGUAGAGAGGCUUGCAUUAUAUUGUAUUGUAUGAUACUAAAUAUAUAAUCAGUCAAACGUUUGGACACACUUUCCCUUUGAACUGAAUGGGAAAGUGUGGCAAAACCUAUGCCUGGUUGUGUAGUAUAUAUCCAUAUAACAGGAUAUAUGGAUUAUUGUUUACAGUAAUGUAUAUUAGCCUUAAGGAUCUUGAUGACAAUUGCAUAGAAAAUCCAUGUGAAUCUUCUCCUCACAUACUCUUUCUGUUUAAUCCGAAACCAUAAAACCUUAUAUGUCACCUUGUAUUACAUGUAACGCACUGAAGGGUUAACUAUGUCCCAAACUGUAUGCUUGUGCUGCUGUACUGUGCUUUGUGGUGUUUCGGAUUUUGUUUCGUACUGUUGUUUUUG